CUUCGCAGUGUGCUUGAAAAAUAUUCAAAGGUUUUCAACUUUGUCAGUUGAAAUUAUUUUUUAUUUUUCAGUUGAAAACCUUUGAAUAUUUUUUCUCAUAUUUUACUUUUUCUCGUCUACUCUCGCACCACUUGGAUUUAUUUUCCUGUUGGAUGCAGGGCCUUUAAAACCAUCUGCUGACCCCUCCAUCUUGAGAACCGGCUGCUUCCACCACUCUUGCUCCCCGGCCAGUGUCUGCCUUGCGACUAUUACUCAGAGCCGGCAUAUUCAAAUCAGCAUCCAGAGUGCACAUAGAAUCAUUGCCAGAAAGGUUAUUUCUAUCACUUGCUACUAUUCGAUUCAUCAAAUCUAUCCUAUUUGGUGUCAUCAUGUCCAAAUUGUUCAUUGGAGGCCUAGCAUGGCAUACCACCGAUGAAACCCUACGUCAGGGCUUCUCCAAGUUUGGAAGCAUCGAGGAGGCUAUCGUCGUGAAGGAUCGCGAUACCAACCGCAGUCGGGGAUUUGGAUUUGUUCGUUUUGCCAGUGAGGGCGAGGCGGAAGCCGCUAUGAACGAGAUGAACAACCAGGAGUUUGAUGGUCGCACCAUUCGCGUUGACAAGGCUGCUGAUCGCCCGUCUGGCCCGCGCAACGACGGCUUUAACCGCAGCAACUACAGCCGUUUCGAAGGCGGUGGAGCAGGUGGUUACAAUCGAGGUGGUUAUGGUGGCAACAAUGGAGGUGGCUAUGACCAGCGUCAGGGUGGUACUGGAGGAGGAUGGGGCGGCUAUCAACAGAACUGGUCCAACCAAAACCAGGGCGGAUCUGCUGCCUGAGCCGUAAGUUGGGCGAUUAGAGGCCGAAGCGAGUCUUGCUUCUCACUUUUUCCAAGUCCUAUUCGCAUAUGAUGAACCCUGGCUGCAUUUCUUAUGUCCUUUUGUUGGUGAGCUGACAUUGAGGAGGGAUGUACGAAAGUUCCAAGGCAUUGGGAUAGCAUCUUGAUAGCUUCUCUAACGAUUUGCUCUCUAAUUUCUCUUCCUUA